AUGUUGUCGCGAAGUCGAGCGACAAAAGUUGCGAAUGAUCUAUCAAAACGAGAGGGGCUACGAAUUUCUGUAGCUAGUCGUCGUGGUGGAAAUCGAUACGUUUUUGUAUUGACAAAGAAUUUGGCUGAUCUAGUCACCCAAUUAGAUUCCACAGAUGGCGACUAUGAUCGUUAUCUCAGCAUUGUAACAAACGAGAUCUCAAGAAAGAAACAUGGUUUGUUUGACUUUGACGAUUGUGACACAAUGUAGUA